UAUACGCAUUGCAUACAUUGUCCACAUGAAGCGUGUGAACAUCGCUGCGCUUUUACCCAUUCGUGUUCCGUCAUUUACGCAAAUUAACCUUCGUCAAUUAAAAUUGUCCGAAAUGUUUGUCAAAAGAUAAAUAAAAAAAUAGGCAAUCAUGACAGGAGAACAUAACUUGGUUUUACCAUUUUACUCUUCAAUAUUCUGCCAUUUUCCAAGAUAGAACCCUUCACCUUAAAAAUUAUCCAAGAUUUUGCAGAUACAUUUUGUAAUGAACGCAGAACAUAAAAUGUAUUAUACAAGACGCUACAAACAAACUUUCAACUUGCAGAUUCUAAUAAAAUGAACAAAGAUGCAAAUGAUAGCAGGGAAAUUUCUGUAACUAAUUAUUGUUCAUUGAGCUUUGUUUAAAAAUUAAACAAUCAUGGACCAAUACUUAACGACGUAUAAAAAGGACUUCAUCUGGCCUUCGACCAGGAUAAGACACGCGCAAUCUGUGCUUCGUGAGACAGACUCUUGUCUAUGUAACGACACGCGUUCUCGCGAGCUAAAAGUUAUUAAUCUCUGCGGAGAUGAACAGGAUUGGAGCAGAAUCGGUCCCAUGGGGCGUCUUUUAGACCCCAAAUUGUACCCCGCGAAAACUGGACCGUAUCCAGAAACUGAAGCGACGAAAUUCGAUCAACCGGACGCGUAUAUGAGAAAGUUGGAAGAAAAACACCCUAAUCUCUAUGGAAUUCUACAGAGUACACCUAUGGAAGAGAUAAUCAAACGCGUGGACGACGAUCGAUUGAGGACUACUUACCAGAUGGACUUUUCGGAGACGGCUGCCAGAUACGUGGAUGAAUCACCUGCGAAACAGUGUGUUUCUGUUGAACGACCUGAUAAACUGGACUGUCAACCAUCAACCCGAGAUCGACUGAAACGUGGACACAGCAAAGAUCAAAGCGACAGAAAGAAAAAAUCUAGAAGAAAAGAUGACGAGGAUUCGCAAGAAACGCGAUUACCUCCUUGGCGAUCGGAAUAUCAGGAUGGCAUCAGUAAAGUAGGUGACGCCAUCAUGAAAGCGAGAAUCCAUCACAGAAAACAAAUGGGACCAAGCUGGGCGAUGUCCGUUUUAUAAAGAAAUUUUGUCAAUUUUCUGUAUCGAAUAAAAUUCUCUUAACCCUUAGCAGUCACACUUCAUCAAACUGGGACGUUUAAGAGCCACUAAAAAUGUUUCUUACAAAGCUACUCAAUAUUUUCACUUGAAAAAAAUUA